AUGUCUAAAUACGAUCUUUAUGGUGAUCCAAAGAAGGCUGGUCCGCAGCCAAAAUUUAAACCUCAAGAACAAGAUUCACCCGGUUAUGAAUAUAAAAUGGAUCCAAUACCGGAUUAUGGUGUGGAUAGUUAUAAAGGUUCGGGUAAACUUUUAGAUAAAAUUGCAGUAAUUACUGGUGGUGAUUCUGGUAUUGGUCGAGCUGUUGCUUUAGCAUAUGCACGUGAAGGUGCAACAAUAAUUAUUUCAUAUUUAAAUGAACAUGAAGAUGCUGCAGAAAUUCAAAAAGCUGUCGAAAAAUCUGGUCGUGAAUGUAUUUUAGUGCCUGGUGAUAUCAGUCAAGAAGCACAAUGUAAAACUCUUAUUGAUACUGCAGUAGCAAAAUUUAAACGAAUUGAUAUAUUAGUAAAUAAUGCUGCAUAUCAAGGCAAACAAGUGGAAGAUAUUGCUGAACUUGAUCAUCAACGAGUAGAAUAUACAUUUAAAACAAAUAUUAUUUCGAUGUUUGAUUUGGUUCGAUAUGCCGUUCCACAUAUGCCAAAAGGUGGAGCAAUUAUUAAUGUUGGUUCAAUUCAAGCUUAUGAUCCAUCAGCUGAAAUCUUAGAUUAUGCAACAACAAAAGCUGCUAUUGUUGGUUUUACAAAAGGUUUAGCUAGUAAACUUUUAGAAAAAGGAAUUCGUGUUAAUUGUGUUGCACCUGGACCCGUAUGGACACCAUUAGUUGUUGCAUCAUUUCCAAAAGAAAAAAAUUCACAAUUUGGAUCAACUUAUCCAAUUAAACGUCCAGCACAACCACGAGAAUUAGCACCAGCAUUUGUUUUCUUAGCUUGUGGAGCUGAUUCAUCAUAUAUAUCUGGUGAAAUUCUUUCGGUCACCGGUGGUAAACCAACAGCUUAG